AUGCUGAGUCGUGCCGUUCUGCCUCUCACGAGGCCCAACGUCCUCGCCUCUGCCGUCCGGGUAUCGGCCUUGUCUGCCCAGAGGCCCCGGUGGUAUGCCAAAGGCAAGGGCACUCCGUACACCCUACCCGACUCGAUGCAGCCCAAGGAGCCUAAAGCCAAUAAACCCAAGACUGCCGAGAACCCCCAACAAAAGCAACAUGCUUCGGAACAACCCGAGUUUGAUACCAAGGCUCAGCCCGAGACCGGCGCGCCGGAGCCCUCUAAAUCCUCUGAAGCCGAAGACAUCCCCGAGCAGUCUCUUCCCGACCUGACCCAGGGUAUCCCUUCGACAUUGGCCGCGGAGCUGGAGGGUAGGACCAAAAAAUCACAGCUUAACCUUACUGAGGAUCCCACAUCAGAGGAAUACAGUGAAGAGAAGCGGGGAGGUGGCGGCGAUAUCCCCAAAGGCGGCUAUGAAACAUCUCUGGACCGCCGCAAGGCCCGUAUGGCCAACAUCAUGUACGCCCUAAUGCUGGCCGCCGGUGUGGCUGGAAUGGGUUAUCUGGGCCGCAACUGGGAAUCCGAUGAGGAGGAGCGGGCUCAUUCCGAACAGCCGUCUGGCUGGGGUCUUGGUCUUUGGUGGAACCGCAUUAAGGCUCGCACCGGAGACCUCACUAGCUACUACAAGGAUCCCGCAUUCCCGAAACUGCUCCCCGAUGAGGACCCCAACAUGCGCCAGCCCUACACUCUGGUCCUCAGUCUGGAGGACCUCCUUGUCCACAGCGAAUGGAGCCGUGAACACGGAUGGCGAGUUGCGAAGCGCCCCGGCAUCGACUACUUCCUUCGGUACCUCAACCAGUAUUACGAGCUUGUUCUUUUCACCAGCGUUCCCAGCAUGAUGGCCGACCAGGUUCUCCGCAAACUUGACCCAUACCGCAUCAUUCGCUGGCCUCUUUUCCGUGAAGCUACUCGCUAUAAGGAUGGCGAGUAUAUCAAGGAUCUCGAAUACCUAAACCGUGAUCUGUCCAAGGUCAUUCUUAUCGACACUAAGGAAGAGCACGCCCGCCUUCAGCCGGAGAACGCCAUUGUGUUGGACAAAUGGACUGGCAACCCUAAGGACAAGACUCUUGUCGCCCUCAUUCCCUUCUUGGAGUACCUUGCUGGUAUGGGAGUCGAGGAUGUUCGCCCCGUGUUGAAAUCGUUUGAAGGUACCGAUAUUCCGAUUGAAUUCGCCAAGCGUGAGAAGGCCAUGCGCGAGCGUUUUGAGAAGGAGCUCGCGGAAGAGAAGAAGAAGAAGCCUUCGCUCUCUAUGGGCAGCCUCGCCUCUGCCCUUGGCUUGAAGUCUGGUAGCACCAUGAGUGGUGAAGUUUCGCCCUCUGAGGGUUUGGCACAGGGCAAGAUGCUGUGGGAUCAGAUCCGCGAGCGCGGCCAGAAAAACUAUGAGAUGAUCGAGCGGGAGAUCCGUGAGAACGGCGAGAAGUGGCUCGCUGAGAUGGCCGCCGAAGAGGAGAAGGCCCGUCAGGAGCAGAUGGCCAGCAUGAAGGGCUCCUUCACUGGAGUGUUUGGUGCCGGUAGUAACAAGGAGUAA